GGCGAAAAAACCGCGGCCCUGGCAUCUCUGGAAGAGUCUAUUGGAGGGAGCGGGGUGAAAGUCCCGUUACAUUUGACUCCAUCUAUCUUAGUAGGCGGGACCUUUUUAUGCCCAUCAGUCCUCAUACCCCAGCUUUUCAGCUGUUUGGUUAGAGUGGUACCAGUCUCCAAAGUUUAAAAGCCUGAAAUAAUUAACAUAAACAUUUGCUUUCCUGUAGCAUUUUUUGCUAUUGCCGAACUUUAUUGGCUAGCGAAGCCAUAUUUGACUCUGCAGUUAACAUGAAAGCGAUUAAUCUAAAUACUUUCAACCUGUCCCUGCUGACUGCUAAAGAAGACGUCCUGAACCCUCGUUCUUCAACCGACUGGGCGUUGUUCGCAUAUGAUGGCUUUAAUAAUAACUUAAAACUGUCAGAUUCAGGAGUGGGUGGUUUGGUGGAGCUUGUGAAGAAGUUCCACAGAAAUAAGGCAUUUUAUGGACUGUGCCAGGUGGCCUCGAAGAAACCAGAACACCAGCAUAUUGUUCUUAUUUUCUGGAUCGGUGAUGAUGUGGAUAAAUACCGCAGAGAGGAGUAUGCCAGCCAUCAGCCUGCCAUCAAGGCAUUCUUCAAGGAAGCUCAUAUGUUUGUCAGCGCUAAGACACUGGAAGAUGUGACAGAGGAUCGGAUAAAUGCCAUGUUCAGCACAAUGGGCACCCCAGCAUUGCAUGGGAAGAGUGGGUCUUGCUCUGUGGACAAAGGAGAAUCUGUGGGAACUAACUAUAAGAGGACAAUAGCUGUGAUGGAGAUAAAACGAAUGAAAAGGGAGUCCUUUUGGGCACGGUCAGAUAGAGAGGAAGAGGAGAGGAAAGCAGAAGAGAAGAGACGAGCACUCGAAGAAAGGAGGUUUUUGGAAAUAAAAAGAAUACAACAGGAGCACAGAGAGGCAGAGGAGAGGGAAAGGAAGAUGAUUGAGAAAGAGAAUAGGAUACAGGAGCAGAGGAGAAUAGAGGAAGAGAAGGAGACAGCAGCACAAAAACAGGAGAUGAUUCAAUGGGAGCAGCAGAAAAAGGAGCAUGAGGAAGAGAUGAGAGCUAGCUUCAGAAGGAGUGAGUCCAUUGAGAAGGCAGCAGAAGCGGCAGCACUGGUCUCGCAACGUUCCAUCAAUCCACUGGAGUUCUUCAGGCAGCUGUCUUCAUCAUCUUCUUGUGAUCCUCCAAACCCUGCCUCCCCACGUACAGGAAAGCCUCCAUUCCGGCACUUUCAGUGCAGCUUAACUGAAGGAGCAUUUAUUUUUAAGAAGUCGGAUUUGUCUGCACCCACUAACAAGAGCAGCCCCCCGGUAGAGUCAUCAGUGGCUUUCAGCCCUACCUCCUCAUCACAGGCAUCUAUCCAAUGCAGUCAACAUGUCCUUGGUACUAUAUCAGACCACCAACCCAGUACUCCACCUGCUUCUCCUGGUUCCUUGGUUCCAGCCUCCACCUUGCCUCCAUCAAGAUCCCUCCCAGAUCUGUUGCCUUCUUCAAUACAGACAGCCCCCUUCCAUGUGUAUGACCCAGGGAUCAUAUAA